AUGAAUUUAUCCUUGAUAUACUUUGUUAUCGUUAUUGUUGCAGCAAAUGAUUAUGAAUUAUUAGCAUAACUAUAGAAUUAUGAAUUUGGAAAAACUAUUAUAGCAACAAUGUAAAUUACACUUGCAAGUGAAGAGUAAAAUUUCAUUCAUUUUAAGUGCAUCUGUUGAUGGAGUAGUAAAUUAACUUAAGGCUAUGUAAAAAGCUACUUAAAAUGAUCUAGAUGAUAACUCAUAAUCUAUUAAACAAAGUUAAGAAUCUUGCAAUUUAAGAUUUAAUGAAUUGUAAAUUGUUAUUGAAAAUGCUUAAAAUAAAAAAUCUGAUAAUGAAAGAACUUUACCUUUCAAAUAAGAAGAAUUAAAUAUAAUUACAUAUUAAAUUAAAGACAAACUUGAUUAAUAAAAUAGAAUUUAAGAUAGAAGAAAUGGAGCAGAAUUUUCAAGAUCAGAAGAAAAGGUAUGUGUCAUAUAUAAAUUAGAAAGAUUUCUAAUAAAAAUAAUAAGAAACAUUAGAUUUUAUAUCAGGAUUAAAAAAAGCAAAAGCUAUUUUAUCUUAACUUAAGAGUUCAUUUUUAUAAGUUGGUGAUGUAAGAGCUAAAUUACAUAAACAUCUUGAAUCAUUAAAUAAGACUAGUCCAUAUCAUGGGUUAGUGAAAAUAUUGAUUGCUGCUGCAGGUGAUGAUAAUGUACCAAAAAUCAUAUAAAUAAUAGAUGAAUUAGUUGAAGUAAUUAUUAAUUAUAAAUAGUCUUUAUAACAUUUGCUUUCUGUUGAUAGAUCUGGAGAUGAAUAAAAGGAAGAAUUAUAUUAAUUAUAAAAAAAUAGAUAUAAUUUAGAAUUAUAAACUUUAAAUACAAAUAUAGCAUCAUUAUAAGCAGAGGCAGAAAAAUUAAAAUAGAAAUUACUUGAAUUUCAAAAUGAUAUUGAAUCAAAAGAAUAACUUUUAACUGUAAAAAAUUAAGAAUAUAAUGAUUGGAAAAAAACUUGUGAUGAUGAUUUAAGAGCUAAUCAAAAUUUAAGAUAAAUAAAGUAAUAUUUAUAUAUAUUAAUUAUUUCAGAUUUAAUGAAUUAAAUAUCAUAAAUGAAUGUAUUGAGAUAUUCACUACUAGACUUAAUCCAUAAAUUAAAAGUUAUAUCUAAGAAUUAGAGAUUUGA